CGAAUGACAGCUACAGAAUAUAUCUCCUGAUGCUAAGUAGGAUUUAGUCCUACUUGUGGAGGCUCGAUGAAGACUUAAUCUGUCAACCAACGACCUAGCACCGCUGUAAUAUUGGCCGACUAGCCGAGAUCUCCAGGAACCUAUAGCAAACCCCACAGAUCAUCCACCUAUCGCUGUGAUAUAUCUUCCGGGCAUCUUGGUUCGGGGUCUUGGCUUCGUGCCGUUUCGAGCCCGAGCGUGUGAACAUUCCAACUUUUAUAUUAGACAUCUCCAGAAAUAUGUAGAUACCACCUCUGGGCUUUAUUCUUUUGCUAGACACCGGGAAGAUAGAUGCUUGUAGCUUGAGCUAUCAGAGGAAUAUCAAAUAAAUAGCUUUCAAGUACAUGAGUCUACAGCGUUUCGACGAUGCAGCUCAACCCAGUGAGCUCGCUUAUAGCUGCGCUUGCUCUUCUCUCGCCAGCGUUUGCGACGGGACACUCCAAGAUCCCGUCUCGUCCCAAUGUCGUACCAGGUCCUUAUAGCGCCGGCAGAGCCAUGCCACCCUCGCCUUUGCGUGAGAAAGGGCGGUACUGCCAUGUAAAGCAAGGAUGUAGCACGAAACGCGACGACGCACCGCAUAUACUGCAAGCCCUGCAGGAAUGCAACGACGGUGGUACCGUAGUAUUCGAUAAGUCCUAUCAAAUUGGCUCGCCACUGGACCUCAAUUUUCUCAAGCACAUCGACGUUGUCAUCACCGGCUCCAUCGCUUUCGACGACUCUGACGUGUACUACUGGCAGAACAACAGCUUCAAAUACGAGUUCCAGAACCAAAGCGUGUUUUGGAAGCUCGGUGGAGAGGAUGUUAAUAUAUACGGCGAUUUGACUCUGGAGGAGGGUAAGAGUGUCAUUGAUGGCAAGGGUCAGGCGUAUUGGGAAGAGUUGCAGACUAAUACGGCUUUGUAUCGGCCUAUGCUCUUUGCCUUCGACGGCAUGAAGGGGGCCACCAUGUCGAAUCUACGGAUGCGCAACCCGCCAAACUGGUUCAAUAUUAUUGCGAAUAGUUCCGACAUCAUCGUUAGCAACAUGGAUCUUCGCGCGGAGUCUCUCAGCGGUGUGAAGAUUGCUAACUCGGAUGGUUGGGACACCUACCGUUCCGAUCGAGUAGUAAUACAAGAUUCUUUUAUUCGAAACACUGAUGACUGCGUGUCCUUCAAACCAAACAGCACCAACGUUGUCAUCCAAAACUUAGAGUGCAUCGGCUCGCAUGGUAUCAGCAUUGGUUCCAUUGGCCAAUACGUAGGCCAAACUGACAUUGUCGAGAACCUGCACAUCUAUAAUAUCUCUAUGACCAACGCCAGUGACUUUGCGAGGAUAAAGGUGUGGCCCGGCACGCAGACUAACUUCCAAACUCAUCUCGUCGGCGGUGGAGGAUCUGGCUAUGUUCGAAAUGUUACGUAUGAUCUCCUUCACAGCAUUAAUAACGAUAGGGCCAUCACUAUCACGCAGUGUUACGGACAGAGCAACAAGACAUUGUGUAAUGAGUUCCCGGCCAAUUUAACUAUCGAAGACGUAACCAUGAAGAAUAUAUACGGAACGACAUCUACGAAGUUAGACCCGCAAGCAGGCUCGCUUGUAUGCAGCGCACCAGAUCGGUGUAGCAACAUCAAAAUCGAAAAUAUCACGGUCACGGUUCCGAGUGGAGAGUCUCCCGUUUACGAGUGUAGUAAUAUGGAUAACGGCUUGCUACAACUGACUUGCGUUGCAGAAUCCGAGGAAGACCGGGAUACCGAGCAAGGCUAAGGGGGCAUCUCGUCGAAAUCUCUAUACGUUCAAAUCAAUAAUGAAUACCUAGGAGUAUAUAUUAUACCAUUCAGCUGCCAAACUUUGAAGGCUCCCCAAAUACUGCUUAUGAAUAUAUUAGUACUAGUAGAUUGAAGCUCUUACUAACAAUACUUAUGCUCUUUUUGAUAAGAUUAUAAUGUAAAUAAACUCAACGCAACUUGUUAAUAUUUAGUUUAUGUAAAGGCGGG